AGAGUUUUAUCCUCGCCUUCAAAAGCACUCGGUGUAUCAAAAUGGAUAUUACCUCAAAGGUCACCGAUCAUUCGAUCCUUCCAUCUCCUCCAUUCGUAGAAGUCGCUGGAAUACCCAACUUCCGUGACCUUGGAGGCUACCCCAUUUCGACUUCACCAAGUCAUUCAGUGCGAAGAGGAUUCAUAUAUCGUUGUGCUGAACCUUCAAAAGUCACUAAAGAUGGAAUAUAUAAGAUUCAAGGCCUAGGGAUCACUCAUAUUUACGAUCUGAGAUCAAACGUUGAGAUUGAGCGAGCUCAAGCUGCUGGGCGGGGAGGGAUAGUUGAAUUGGAUGGCUGUACUAGAGUCUUCUUGCCUAUCUUUACGGAUACUGAUUAUAGCCCUGAGAGCCUGGCUCUCGUAUACAAAGAUUACACAAGUGGCAUAGAGGGUUUUACUCGAGUUUACACAAGGAUUCUCAACAAAGCUGCGCCUUAUUACAAAACAAUAUUGCUGCAUCUCGCGGACGAGCCUUCGAAACCGUUGAUCGUUCAUUGUACAGCUGGGAAGGACAGGACUGGUAUCAUAUGCGCCUUGAUCUUGUCUCUUUGCGGCGUUGAUGAUGAAACCGUUGCGCAGGAAUACUCACUUACCGACCUCGGCCUUAGCAUGGAGUGGAAGGAAGCUGCGGUUGAGCAUCUGAUGAAGAAUUCUGGUCUCAAGGGCAACAAGGCUGGGGCUUUGAAUAUGAUAGGUUCAAACCCCUCCAGGGAGAACAUGCUAUCAGCCUUGAGGGUGGUUAAUGAAGAGUUCGGAGGAGUAGAGAACUAUAUGAUUGGGAAAUGCGGUCUCACGAAAGAGCAAAUAGAGAGGAUUCGUGCUAAUCUAAUUGUGGAGAAACCUGCCUUUCAUGCCAAGGCUUAA